GUGCCCACUCCCAUGUCUUCCUCAUCCCCCACAUCCCCCGUCUCACAAGCAGCUGCACCCACCACCCGCUCACGUACCCUCCUCUUUGUAUCGUAUCGUGACUCCACCGCCCGUUCUUCCCGCUCUCGAAGAAAGAACCCCUUCCUGCCCCAAUCUGCUAUCCCUUAUACCGAUUCAGACGGCAACGGCUUCCACGCAGACGAUGAGCAAUCACACCUCAUCUCUCACUCAGACGACCCAACAGGUCACGUCGCACUCGACAUAGACGUCCCCCCGAAAUGGGUCGACAUCUCCGACCAGGUUCAUGACAUCCUAGCCGCCACACAGCAAAAGAUCUCCAUCCUCGAGCGCCUCCACGCUAAACAUGUCCUUCCCGGAUUUGCGGACCGGUCCGCUGAGGAGCGCGAGAUUGAGGCAGUGACCACCGACAUCACCAGAGACUUCCGUCGCUGCCAGUCCCUUGUCCAAAGCAUCCCCGCGGCCACUGCAUCUCAACAACGCCAUGCCUUCCCACCCCGCUCUCAGGCGCAGUCCCGUCAUGAGAAACUCGCAGCACAGAACGUGCAACGUGCCCUCGCUGCCAAGGUACAAGAAUUGAGCGCUGCAUUUCGCAAGAAACAGCGUGUUUACCUCGAAACACUACAAGGCCAUGCGAUCAAGAAUCAGGACCUGCUCGUCGCUUCGGGCGCCGUAACGCUCAAAGGUUCAGAGGGCAUGUCUGAUCUUGAUGAAGACAUGCGCGUCGCUGCACGAAACCAAACCUCUUCCUCACAACUGCAGCAGCAACAAAUCGAAGCCGACGUAGAUGUCGACCUCCAAGCCCGAGACCGCGAAAUCACCGAAAUUGCACGAUCAAUCAGCGCACUCGCCGAACUCUUCAAAGACCUAUCCACACUCGUUAUCGACCAAGGCACUCUCCUCGACUCAGUCGAGUACAACAUCGAGCAAACGAGUGUGAACAUGGCUGAAGCUGUUACGGAAUUACGCGUCGCGGAGGGGUAUCAGAAGAAUACGGGGAGACGAAAGUGUAUUUUCUUGUUAUUGUUGAUUAUUUUUGGGCUUGUGCUAGUGUUGAUAUUUAAGCCGAGAAGACAUGCUGCGUCUCCUCCCCCUCCUCCCUCUCCACCAUCUACAGUGACUGCAGCACCGGCGGCAGCAGCAGGGAAAGAGGAAAGCACAAUGGGAGGAGACCACCUUGGACUUCCACCUAUACCAGUUGACGUCACCAACGUCAAUCCAGAAGCGCUGGCCGCGAACUCGCAGAAUCCGAGAAUCCCGCGGAGACGCGUACGGAGAGGAAGCAGUUUAGAUGAUGAUGAUGAUGAUGACCGGAGUAUCUAUAUUGGAGAGGACGACGCGAACGCGUAUGGCUGGGACGUACGGAUGCUUCUGCCCGUGCAGCGGAGACGAACUCAAACUCAGACGGGGCGGAAUCGGAAUCGGAUACGACACAUUGCAUACGACGGUGGGUAAUAGUUGGACCCAUCAUCGUCGUCAUCAGCAGCAGUUCCGUCCGUUUCGUUUCGCUCCAUUUCGAUCGGUUUUGUGUUUACGUUUAUCUCCGUGAUACUAUUUAUUAUGGUGUAGAUUACUCCACUAAUCCUAUACAACAUAAUGCAUAC